AUGGAAGGAAGGCCCGUCUACGAGAGGACUCUGACAGAGUCUCAGCUGCUGGAGCAGCUACCGACUGGGAUUGCAGAUCUCAUUCGGUCUGCUUCGGGAACUCAGCAGCUUCACGCGCUUGCGCUUGGCGCAUUAAACAACGAAUUUACAGAAAACAUUUUCAGACUCUAUGAACCGAUUAUAGUUGAUCUGGCAGCCCGAUGGCUUCGAUCCGACCUUAAUGCUGACCCUGCUCAUAUUUUGGCAGCAUUUGCUCGCAUCUUACCAUUUGCGACAUACCUACAGCCUUUCGCGAGCCAAUAUGCCUCGUCACAGGCCGGACCUCUCUCAGCACUGACUGGGUCUAAGGAACUGACAUUACGACAGUUGGACCAGGAGAGCAUCCAAACACUUCUCCUAGCCCUAUUCCGUUUGCUCUCUCUAGACUUGGAAACAUUUUCCAGAAUCGUCUCGCCAAUUCAGCUCCAAUCUCUGUUCCCCCACGAAGACCGACGAAUCAGAUAUCUCGCGGUGCGAUGCUUUGCCCUCUAUAUGCAUGCUGCCGAUGCAGCAACCGAAAAGAUGUUGCAGGUCAAUACUGGCGUGGACCCCAUCGAAGGAGAGUGGGAGGGGAUCACAAUCGACUACCGUCUUCUGGGGCUAUGGGAAGAGCGUCGGUGGCAGACUCUGGAGAGGAAUAUCCGGAAUGAAAGAUCAUCACAAUCAGUCACCAACCACAUGGCUCUGGUUGAUAAGUUACGCGAUUCCUUUACCAACAGGUCUGCUGAUGUCUGUGGCGUCUUGAUUCCUCGGCUGAAAGAUGCCGAACCGACCUCUUCUUCUAUCGUCAAGACACCCAUAGCCACCGAGAACCUUCGCCGCAUUGCAAGGUCCCUCUUGAGUCCCAUGCCCAUUUUAUUAGUGGGGUUGCCCAAUUCCGGGAAGACUUCUCUAAUCAAUGACAUCGCUGCCACUAUGGGUCAGUCGGAAUCUAUGGUGACGCUGCAUCUCAACGAACAGACGGAUGCCAAGAGCCUGCUUGGAAUGUAUGCUACAUCAUCCGCAACAGGCUCGUUUUCCUGGCAGCCUGGAGUGUUGACAAAGGCUGCAAGGGAAGGCCGAUGGGUGUUGAUUGAGGACCUGGAUCGUGCUCCUUCCGAAGUCCUUGGCCUUAUUCUCCCAAUCAUUGAACGCGGCGAGUUGACUAUUGCAAGCCGGAGAGAGCGUAUCAAGUGUGCAGAGGGCUUCAAAAUCAUUGCGACCAUGAAGUCCUCAUAUAAUAUUGCUGGCGAGGAAAUUGCCCCGACUACCUCGAUGCUGGGAAGCCGGCUGUGGCAGAGAGUCCCAGUCGCGUCUCUUCCCGUGGAUGAGAUGCGGGACGUCAUUUUGCAAAAAUUUCCUUUGCUUGAAUCUCGUGUGCCUAUCAUUAUGGACGUCUACGGGAGGGUCUGCUCUGCUUUCCAUGGAAGUCUGGCAAUCAAAGGCUCCCAAGGGCGGACGCCCGGUUUUCGUGAUCUAAUCAAGCUUUGCAGUCGGUUGCACAGAAGACUUCAACGCAUUGGCACAAAAACAGGCUACGAACCUACUCCAGAAGGAAUUGAAGAUGAUAUUCUUCUGGAUGUUGUGGAUAUCUUCCUCAAGUACAUUCCUGAGAGAUCUAUGCAAAAUUCCCUCGCUGCUGUUGUGUCCGAGGCCCUCCAAAUAUCUCCCCAACGAGCACAAUUCUGCCUCAAUGAACGGACACCAACCUAUACUGAUAAGACAAACUCCCUCGCCCUUGGUCGAGAGGUCUUGCAGAAGAUUAAAGUCCCAGCUGGUUCAGCACAAAAGCUUGCAGCAGCAGCAUCCCGCUUUGCUUCUACGAGAUCCGCUUUGUCAAUCAUGGAGCAAGUUGCAGCUUCAGUUCAAAUGGCAGAGCCUGUUCUGCUCGUCGGUGAAACCGGUAUUGGAAAGACAACAGUCAUUCAACAACUCGCCACAUUAAUGCGUCAGAAACUCACCGUUGUUAAUUUGUCACAACAAAGUGAAAGCACAGACCUGCUGGGAGGCUUCAAGCCUGUCAGUAUUCGCACAAUGGCGGUACCGAUGCUCGAUGACUUCAAUCAGCUAUUCGAAAUGACGUUUUCAGCGAAGAAGAACCAAAAAUUCCUUUCUUCAGUGUUAAAAAGCGUUACUGCGGGCAAUUGGCCACGUCUAGUGAAUCUCUGGCAUGAAGCUGUUCGUCUGGCGAAUGGGGUAUUCAAUCCCGCUAGUUCGAAGGAAGCUGAGAAUGGUGAUGAGCAACCCUCUAAGAAGAGGAAGCUAGAUUCUCCUAAAUAUCAACACUUGCGCCAACGAUGGGAAAAUUUUGAUGCACAACUUGCGGACUUCGAAGCUCAAGUUUCUCAGGGAGACGCCAAGUUUGCCUUCGCUUUUGUGCAAGGAAAAAUUGUGAAGGCCUUGCGAAAUGGGGAGUGGGUUUUGCUGGAUGAAGUUAACUUGGCCUCUCCUGAUACUCUCGAAAACAUUGCCAGCCUUUUGCACCACGGCAGCGAAGGGUCUCCUUCUGUUCUCCUCUCUGAAGCCGGUGAUGUCGAACGAGUGUUUGGCCAUCCAGACUUCCGUAUUUUUGGAGCCAUGAAUCCUGCGACGGAUGCUGGGAAACGGGAUUUACCCCCUGGACUUCGGUCACGAUUCACAGAAUUCUAUGUACAUUCUCCUGAUACAGACUUGGAUGAUCUGCUGGCCUUGAUUGAGAAGUAUCUUGGUACCUUAACCAUGGGCGAUCCGCGAGUCGUGCCAGAUCUUGCCCAACUAUACAUGGAGACCAAAAAGCUCAGCAAUGAGAACAAACUCACCGACGGAGCUGGACAGAGACCUCAUUUCAGUAUUCGAACUUUAGUUCUGCUGAGUCUGGAGUCUGAAAGGUCUCUGGUUCCUCUUCUUGAAAAGCAUAUAUUUGAAAAUGCUAAAAAUGCCAAAUCACUCCUUGGACGAACCCCUCGACCGCCUGAGGACGGCCGCGACUACGUUCAAUUCAAACAUUAUUGGAUGCAACGUGGUCCGUUGGUCCCGGAAGAGCAACCACAUUACAUUAUCACUCCAUUCAUUGAGAAGAACCUGAAGAACCUCGUGAGGGCAAGCUCAACCCGGCGAUUCCCUGUCUUGUUACAAGGCCCAACCUCUGCAGGUAAAACGAGUAUGAUCGAAUACUUGGCGAAGGUCUCCGGCAACAAGUUUGUUCGCAUAAACAAUCACGAGCAUACUGAUCUUCAGGAAUAUCUUGGAUCAUACGUUUCGUCUGAUGAUGGGAACUUGCGUUACCAGGAAGGCGUUCUUGUGGAAGCCUUGCGAAAUGGUUAUUGGAUUGUCCUUGAUGAGCUGAAUUUGGCUCCUUCAGAUGUCCUCGAGGCUCUGAACCGACUGUUAGAUGACAACCGUGAACUAUUUAUUCCUGAAACCCAGGAAGUUGUUCACCCUCACCCCAACUUCAUGCUGUUUGCCACUCAAAACCCCGCUGGUCUUUAUGGUGGCCGUAAGGUUCUUUCUCGCGCAUUCCGCAACCGUUUCCUUGAAUUGCAUUUCGACGAUAUCCCCGAAAGCGAGCUGGAGUACAUUUUGAAGGAGCGGUCACAAAUUGCUCCUUCUUUUUGCACGCGAAUUGUCUCUGUUUAUCGAAAGCUCUCUUUACUCCGUCAAUCCAACCGACUUUUCGAACAGAAGAACAGUUUUGCCACACUGCGUGAUCUCUUCCGUUGGGCUCUUCGUGAUGCGGACGAUCGCGAGCAAUUGGCAAUCAAUGGAUUUAUGCUUCUUGGUGAGCGCGUUCGAAACCCUCAAGAGAAGAUUGCCGUCAAGAGUGUGAUUGAAGAAGUCAUGAAAGUCAGCCUGGAUGAAGAUGUGUUAUACAGUGCAGCGCAACUGGAGAAGAGUGUUCCCCAGAUGGCCGAGCUGCCCUCUAGCAUCGUUUGGACGAAGGCUAUGCGCCGUCUUUUUAUCCUGGUAUCCAAAGCUAUUGAAAACAACGAGCCAGUUCUUCUUGUCGGAGAAACUGGAUGCGGUAAAACCCAGCUUUGUCAGGCCGUUGCUGAAGCAUUCAAGAGAGAGUUGUACAUUAUGAACGCCCAUGUCAACCUUGAGACGGGUGAUCUUAUUGGUGCUCAACGGCCUAUUCGCAACCGUGCCGCGAUUGAAAAGCAACUCGUCGAGGAUCUUCAAAUUCUUUUGCAUGGAUCAAGCUCAGAAGCUGUAUCCCUGGAACAGCUAAAACAGGAGUUCUCGGCACUAGACAUGGAGAAACGACAUGAUAAAGACCAGGAUCUCUUGCGCAAAGUUGAAAAGAAUCUUACUCGAAGCAAUGCCCUUUUUGAGUGGUCCGAUGGAAGUUUGAUUACUGCUAUGAAGUCAGGCCAGUUCUUCUUGCUGGAUGAGAUUUCUCUUGCCGAUGACUCCGUCUUGGAGCGGCUCAACAGCGUGCUGGAGCCUCAUAGGUCUAUCCUUCUCGCCGAGAAAGGACCUAUCGAUUCCAUGGUGGUAGCCGAUGGAGGCUUCCAAUUCUUGUCGACUAUGAAUCCCGGUGGUGAUUAUGGAAAACGAGAGCUUUCGGCCGCCCUUCGUAACCGUAUGACCGAGAUUUGGGCGCCACAACUGUCCGAGGAUGAGGAUAUCCUCCCUAUCCUUCAAAUGAGGUUGACACUGAAGGACGAGACCAUAGCUCGGGCGAUGCUGCGAUUUGCAAAAUGGUUCAAGGCCACAUUCCAAAACACUUCUACAACCUCUCUUUCACUUCGUGACCUUCUUGCCUGGGUCGAUUUUGUCAAUACCUGUCAAAGUACCGAUAAUAUGUUCGCCAUCAUUCAAGGUGCAGCCAUGGUUUUCGUUGACACGCUAGGAGCCAAUCCCGCAGCAAUGCUUGCCGUUUCCCUCCAUAACCUCGAAGAUAAUCGACAGAAAUGUCUGGACAAACUGAGUGAAUUGUUCAAGGCCGAUGCUCCCGGCAUAUAUUGGCAUUCUUCAGCUGUCUCCCUGGAGCCUGGAUUUUUCCGAGUAGGCCCGUUUGCUCUCCCCAUCGUUGCCGAGACGGAUCUCGACCCCCAGUUCACUAUGGAUGCCCCAACCACUAUAGCAAACUCUGUUCGCAUUGCUCGCGGUCUGCAAUCUUCAAAACCUAUUCUCAUGGAAGGCAGCCCUGGUGUAGGCAAAACCACUCUUGUGACAGCACUUGCUAAAGCACUCGGAAAGCCCCUCACUCGAAUCAAUCUCUCGGAACAGACAGAUCUGACAGACUUAUUUGGCUCUGAUGUACCGAUUGAGGGAGGAGAUGUCGGCCAAUUUCAAUGGCGUGAUGCACCAUUCCUUCGAGCUAUGCAACGUGGUGAUUGGGUUUUACUUGAUGAGAUGAAUUUAGCUUCUCAGUCGGUCCUGGAAGGUCUCAAUUCUUGCCUAGACCACCGCCAACAGGUCUAUAUCGCCGAACUUGAUCAGACUUUCAAACGCCAUCCAGAUUUUGUCUUGUUCGCUGCACAGAAUCCACACCAUCAGGGCGGCGGUAGGAAAGGCCUUCCAGCAUCGUUUGUCAACCGUUUCACUGUUGUUUACGCAGAUAGCUUCACAGAUGCAGACCUGAAAAAGAUUUGUGCUAAGCUCUUCCCGGGAAGUCCGUCCUCCCAGACGGAGAGAUUGGUGGACUUCAUCUCCAUACUGAAUACCGCAAUUGUCACGGAGCGUCGACUGGGUGCUGUCGGUGGCCCGUGGGAAGUGAACUUGCGGGAUAUCCAGAGAUGGCUUCAGUUGGCAGAUCGAGGCGAUCUGCAAAUACCUACCAAACACUUUUUGGAUAUCGUAAUCAGCCAAAGGUUUAGAAGUGAAGAGGAUCGAGCAUUGGUUUCUCAAAUCUAUGAUCGCAUUUUCACAGACUCCGAUAUUGGCCAGAAAAGUUACUAUCACAAUCUGACUUCGGAACAUCUUCAGGUUGGCCUUGGUAUCUUAUCACGAGAUCCUCUGGUACAGCGCUCCGUUGAGCCACAUAUGAGAAUACUGCCCAAGGAUUUGAAGAUACUUGAGUCCCUCAUCCUGUGCAUCGAGAACUCUUGGCCGAGCAUUUUAGUUGGACCUGCCGGUUGUGGCAAAACCACCCUGAUCAGAAAACUUGCGGCGCUUAAUGGAGCUGACUUGGAGGAGCUGGCUCUGAGCGCUGAUACCGAUACCAUGGAUCUUAUUGGUGGCUUUGAACAGAUAGAUCAUCGCCGAGAAGUCUCCUCAUUUGUUCAUGACGUCGAAAUGUUCUUGCGCCAGCAUAUCAUUCACGCCUUCGCGUCCGGUGACGUCUCCCAGGCGGUGGCUUUGGCUCUUCAGGUCUGCCAAUACCUCCAAGGCUCCGAAAAUUCUUUGGAAAGCAUAGUUUCGUCGCUGUCCGAUCUUUGCCAGUCAUUCCCCGACCCAACUCUUCAACAAUUCCUUGGAAGGGCCCAAACACUGCGGGACAUUAUCCGGGAUUCUGAUAAAAUGAAAGUUGGGUUUGAGUGGACUGAAGGCGUUUUAACCCGGGCUGUUCAGAAUGGAUCCUGGGUGGUACUUGACAAUGCAAAUCUUUGCAAUCCCUCGGUCCUAGACAGAUUAAACUCUCUGACAGAACCCAAUGGCACUCUAAUCCUCAACGAACAAAGGACAGAAGAUGGAUCUGCUCGAGUCAUCACUCCUCACCCCAAUUUCCGUCUGUUUAUGACCAUGGAUUCUCGUCAUGGAGAACUGUCUCGAGCCAUGCGCAACCGCUGCAUUGAGAUUUGUUUCAUGCAAAAUCAACUCCAGGAAAUUCCUGCCGUGACAGGUCCGUCAUAUACUUGCGAAUCCUCACUCUAUCGACUGCGCCACCUCUGGAGCACCUCUCAAGAUUUAUAUGAAGUUGCCUUCGACCAUCUAUCUCCCUCAGAUCUGUCGUAUCUUCAAAGAUCGGUCAGCGCACAGCUGCCCUUGCCGAUUGACACUGAUGUGAAUGGCCCCGAAAUUUCCAGCAUCUUGCAGCGUUACACAUCCAUUCUGCAUGAGAAUGAACAAUGGAAGCCCUUGAAUAUCAUAGCACCUGAUAUUGUCAUGGGAGGAUUGCCAUUCAGCCUUACAGGGCCUUUGCAACCAAUUCAUCCGCUUGUCAAUGAGUCUUUGUUGUCUAUUUCUGGAGAUGGUGAUUACCGCUCAAGCCUUAUUGUUUUAGCCUACUUUGAGGAGUUCCGACUAGAACUUCAUCGCCUUCGACAGCGUCUGAGUAAGGCGAACGAAUCUGCGAUCCAACUUAAACCAAGCCAGAUGACACGAUUGGAGCGAUCUCUAGCAUCGAAUCGGAUACAAACAUUGAUGAAAGAUACCACGCAGCCGGUCGCCAAUUUCCUUUCCGACUGCGGCCAGGCACUAUAUGAUUACAUCCAGUCGCUGAAAGAAAAUGAUCUCCAAUCUCCUGAAAUUGUGACAGCUAUUCGGGCUGUCAUCUCCUUGUGCUGGGAUAUCUAUCGGGCAACUGAUGUCACUCAGGUUAACGACGGCGAGUUCCAGGUCUACCUACAAAUAGGAAGAAGAAUCUGCACAUCCUUGAUCAAUUCCUCAACCAACUUGAAUCUCCUCGAAGGCGCUCUUUCCAGAGCUCUGGCUCGCUUCCAAGCGGGUUGGGCUUUGUCAACAGGUCUGAGUAUGCAAAAAAUAUGGGAGUCUUGGAGACACGUCACGCCUUCAUCUCAAGAACAGCUCAGGUCUCUGAUUGAGUUGGAUACAACGGUCACUGAUUUCACUACGCUUGCACUUCAAACACGAGUUGAGUUGCCUCAAUUGAGCAGCGUUUGGAACUCAUUGAUCAAUGCUCAGCGAUUAAUUCUCCUGGAUGGCGCCAAUUGCGAUGCUCUCUUGCAGGGUAUCAAACAAACAGUAUCUGAACUUAGCCAGGCUGUCCGUCGUUCUGACUCUCCUCAAUACCCCUACUUCUCGGAAGAGUUUGAAGCACUCUGUCAGUACAAUGAUGUUCCGUCAUUCGGAUUCGAUCGAGGAAGAAAUGAAUCUGCUGUUCAGACACUUUUGCCAUUGCUUGCCGGUCGUCGUGCUCGCCCUCUUGAUGUUUCCACGAUACAAAGUCGAGUCCCCGAAUUACUGCACAGAAUUGCCUUAUUUUCUGGAGCAGACAGGGGCUCUAGCUCUCCUUUGGCCAUCGGGGGCGUGUUGCCCCUUUCGUUGCUAGAGAGGUUGAGGUCUGUUGACUCAACAAGCUUGGGGCAGAUGGACAUGCUCCAAGCUGAAAAGCAGGCGCUCUCCAAAGCGAUCUCGCUCAGCACACAUCAAAUUGCAACAGACCAAUCAUGCAAUCUUCGAAAGGCCAUCGCAGCCCUGGCAAAAGAAUUGGUUUCUUGUCACCGUGAGCUAUUCGCAACCGAGUCUUUCGAGGGGCUGAUCUCAAUUCUGCAAUUGAUUGAAUCCGGCAAUGUCAAAGACGCUGAGAAUGAGAGUCUCUCCACGAUUUCUCUGGAUUCCAGCGUUAGCAGCGAUCACUACUUUAAGGGGUUUGCUCAACAGGGCUUCCCCACCAUUGUCCAUUCAUUGAUUACAGCCUCCAGCAACGACAAGGAAAGUGUUCGUUAUACUGGUAUUGCAACGGUCCAGUUGGCUGUCAUUCUCCUUCGCCUGUUCGUACCAGAUAAGGCUUUCGACCCUUCUCUCGGUCUUGUUGUUCAACGCAAGCGACAUUAUCAACGCCUCAAUGAGAUUAGUGCCAAAUCUCAUUCCAUUCUGUCUUUUGAGGGUACCUUCUCCGGUCAGCCUUCGAACCUUCGCUCUUCUCUCUUGCAACAGGAGAUCCUUGAGCUGGGCUCCGCUCCACCUCCAUCAUCUGUGACACGCCCAGAGAAGUCCGAGCUCAGCCUGCUCCACGGGGAGUUCUCGAACUUGAUCAACUCCGUCCUUAAUCGAAACCCCGAAUCAAUGAUUGCGUCAACCGAGGUCUUGUCUAAAUCCCAGGAAAUGAUCCGACUUAUGCGUGACAAUAUCUCCCAACUCAGCAGCCGUAUAAGCACACAUUACAAAUCCUAUGAUGAUAUAACAGUGCCCGUUGUUCGCUUCCUCCAGUUACUUGACCUUGGUCUCUUCCUAGGAUCCAGUCAAACCGAAAAUUCCGAGGAACUUCAAGACAUUCAAACUUUGAGCAAGCGUACCCCAUUUUUGGGUGGUACUCUGCAUCCGACUCUUUCGCAGGAUAGCAUUAGUCAGUCGUCUAGCGCAACCAAUGCGAUUGAAAUGCGACUCCAUGAACUGUCCGCCCUUUGGGCAGCCAACGAUGCGGAUUCUACCAUGCUUGACCUUCGACCCGGGCGUGAUACCAUCCGUCGCGUUUUCGCGGACUUCCAUCACCUUUGGAAGACGAAGCUCAGAGAGGACCAAGAAAAAGAGGCCGAGAAGUCGGAACUCUACCGUUACCGAGGCUCUUGGGAGGAUGAGGAGGAAGUCAAUGAAGCUGAGCUUCAUGAGCUCUUCCCUACUUACGACGAGGGCGCGCUACCCGAGCCACAUCAAGUUGGUCGCAUUGACCCUCGACUGAUCGCCGUACGACUUUCCUCGCUUCAUGCAAAAAUAGUGAGCGGUCAAAGCACGGGUCAAGCCUUGGGAACAUUUGUUAAGCAGUCAGGCCGCCUUUUGGGAUCGAUGUGGUCUGCCAACAAGACCGCCUUCUCACCAGUAUCACCGCAGCAUCAUCUUCCUGCUGUUUUCAUGCUCCUGGAAGAUGCUAUUGGUAAAGAAGCCGAGGACCGACAGAAGAAUUACAAUUUCUAUACGGACUCCAAUUUUGCCGAAGCAAGAAAGCUUGUGACUCUUACACUCUCCGUGCAAUCCCGAUUUACUCAGAUUCAAACUGCCUGGCCUGAGCACGCUGUCCUUCAGGACGUCAUAACUUGCUGUUCAGAGAUCCUUGAAUUCAAGCAUACUGAGCCGGUUGCCAAGUUCAUGACCAAGGUGGAAAAGCUGCAUUCCUAUAUACAUGAGUGGCAGUUGGUUGCUAGCAGAGAAUAUACUGCCGCCCCACUGUAUGACGAGAUUACGAACACGAUCAUCGGCUGGCGUCGUCUUGAGCUUUCAACUUGGGCCAAGCUCCUUGAUCUCGAAAGAGAGCGCUGCGAUGAUGAUGUCAGCUCGUGGUGGUUCGUUGCAUACGAAGCCCUCUUUGCUGUGCCUCUGCAGAUGGCAGAGUCUGGCGAACAAGACAUGAGUGAACACAUCCAGGGUGUAAUUUCAACUUUGGAACAAUUCUUCAAUUCCACCACACUUGGCCAAUUCACUCGCCGUCUUCAGCUCGUGUCAAACUUCCAAAAACUGCUCGUCGUAUUUGUCAACGACUAUACCUGUUUGACGCCGCUUAUUUCUGCACUGAACAAUUUUCUUUCCCAUUUUGAACCCUUUGAGCCGUCAAUCAACAAAGUCCUUCAGGAGAAGAGGUCCGCGUUGGAGAAAGAUAUCAAGGAGCAGAUUCAAUUGGCAAGCUGGAAGGAUACAAAUAUCGUUGCAUUGAAGGAGAGUGCCAGAAGAUCCCACGUCAAGCUAUUCAAACUUGUGCGGAAGUUCCGUGCAGCUCUUGCUCUACCUGUUCAAACGGUUCUUGAACAAGGCCUUGCGGACGCCGUUGAAAAUAGCAAUGCGCCACAGGUUAAGGAGAGUGAUCUCGCAACUAUUGUCUCUUCCGAAGCUUUAUCCUUCUGCCAAAAUGACAAGGAGCUAUGGUCCUUGAGAGCGCUCAGAUUCCAGAACCCGGAUGGUACAGCCCGCAACAUGACGAGUGUCUACUCAUCUAUCACAUCCGAGUUUGAUAUUGCGAAGGAUCUUGAUGGUUUCACCGUGUCCAUCAUUGAGACCAUGAAUGAGCUCAAGUCGCAAACUCCCAAGACUAUGACCGAAGAGAAUAAGGAUGACGUGCAACAUCUCAAAAUCCAGAAACGCCGCCUUUAUGCCGAAACUCUCAAGCGUCUAUUUGAAAUGGGUGUUAAGCGAAAUGCCGGAACAAGCUUACUUGAAACCCAAGUAUCGCUUGCGCAAGUACUUUCUACGAGCGCUGCGUUUAAACCUGGCACCGCAACUUCAAGUGGUAUUCAAAGCGCCGAUUCCUACUUCCAUAGACUCCUGGAUUUCAUUCCUCGUGCUCGUCUGGCUUCGCGCAAUUACUCAGAGGAGCUCAGCAAUGUGGAGGUUUCCAGGAGUAUGGGCUCAAUUGAGCAUCUUCUUUUCAUAGUCCGACGCCAGAGAGGUGCUAUUUCACCUGCGCUCUCUGGCUUGGGAGACCUCAAGUCUACUCUUGAUAAGAUGCGCAACCUAUGGAAUGUUGGCUCAGUCUCGCUCAUCAAGGCUCCUGCCUCUGCGAUGGAGAAACUUGCUUCUCUAAGCCGUGCAGUGGCUUGGCUGGGACCUAUCCUCGGACUCGCUUCAAAGAUCAUAGAAGUGCAUUCGAAAUUCUCGGGGAUUAGUGCUUCUGAUCUCCUUCAAGAAUUGCACUCUCGAAAGGCUGCGUUUGAGGAUCUUCGCAAGUCCUUGCAAUCCCUUCCCCCCCUUCCACUUGGAGUUAUGUCUUCGGUCCAAGAGGGACUUAUUCAGCGCACACAGGCACUGCUUUCCAAGACAGAAGUUGAUCUAAAGGGAUGGACUCAAGAACGACCAGAGCUCUCCUUUGUCUUGGACCAAAUAGCCCCCUGGCUCCAAAUGAACGUCAAGCUUGCGGAACUCGGCGAUGAGGCUAGUAUCUCUAUUCAAAACUUUGAUACUAAAUUACUGUCUGCCGUCGACAAGAUGCUUGUCAGCCUUCAACAGCUCAAGGGUAUUCCUACUGAAAUUACCUUUGCCGGUCUUCUCUCUAGAAGUGAUGAGUUCUUUUCGCGUGCUUCCAAGGCUAUCCACAUUAGCGAGAUUACUUUGUCGUUGACGGCCGUCCUCGACCAGCUGCAGAAUUUGCACGGUGAAAACGCCAGCGCUCUGCCUAUGGCCGCGGCUUUAGUCGCAAGCAUACUCCCGAUUGCCACCAAGUUCUAUCACAUUUGCCAAAAUUUGAUGGACCGCUUUAUCUCUGUCCACCGCGAAGUUUCCAAGACUGCUUUCAUUCUGACUAAGACCUUCACCCAGAUAGCAUCAGAAGGCUUCUGCAGCCCGGCUGAAGCUUCGCAGGAGGAAGGUAAAGAAGGCAAGUUGGAAAGCGGAACUGGCCUUGGCGAAGGUGAAGGCGCUGAAGACAUUAGCAAAGAUGUCGGUGAUGAUGAAGAUCUCUCUGAAUUGGCACAACAAGGACAGAAGGAAGAUGCUGAUGAGGAGAUGGACGAUUCUGCCGAUGCUGUCAAUAUGGACCAAGAAGAGCUGGAAGGUGAAAUGGGCGAUCACAAGGAGGAAGACGGGGAGGAAGACAAAGAUGAGAACCAAUCUGAUGAGGAAGACAACAUUGAUGAGGAAGUUGGUAGUGUUGACGAUCUCGACUCUGGAGCUGUGGAUGAAAAGCUGUGGGAUGGCGAGAAUGAUGAGCAACAAAAGGAGACUGAGAAUGAGGAAGGAAAGGGCCAAGCUGAAGCAGAUCAACAGGCCGCGGCCAAGGAGCAGAAGAAAGAAGGCGAAGAAGGCCAGAAAGGCGAGGAGGAGGACAGCAAUGAAGAAGAUGACGAAGAGGAAGCUCCGGAUGAUGAAGGAGAGGCUGUUGGCCGUGAAGAAAUGGAUGUCACAGAUCCCCAGACUAAGGAGGAAGAGACAUUGGAUCUUCCAGAAGAAAUGCAGCUGGACGGCGAUGACCAGGAAGGUGGUGAUGAAGGAGAAGACGACGAUGGCAUGGACGACCUUUCUGAUAUGGGACCUUUGCCCGAAGACGAGCAGAAGGCCGAGGAUAAUGAGGAUUCAUCCGGCGGAGAGGACGCGGACAUGGCUCCUGACGAGCAGGUUCCCGGCGAAGAUGAAGAAAUGGGCGAAGAGGGAGAGGAAACCAACGAAGGAGAAGGACAGGAGGAGAAUGAAGCCGGUGGUGAAGAGCCUGAAGAGCCAGAGCAGGAUGAGUUCCUCGCUCAGAGAGAUGACAAUGAAGCUGCCGGCGAUGAAGUUGCGCCAAGUGAAGCUGUCACAGGUGGUCUUGGUGCCGACCAGGAUCAGAAUGAAGAAAAGGGUGCCUCCGGAGAUGCGCAGCAAGAGAGCGGUUCCAACGAUCCCUCCGCCAGUGCCGAGCAAAAGACUGGCGCGGCCAAAGACAGCGAAGAAAGCAAACGCAGCCGAGAUGCUGGUGGUGCCGAAGAUAUGGCCCCUAAUGAGCCUCAGAUACAGGCCUUCAAGAAGCUUGGAGAUAUCCUCGAGCAAUGGCAUCGUCAACAGAAAGAGGUGAUGAACCCAUCUCAAGAAGAAGAGGACUCACAGCCUCUGCCUCAAGAUACCGACAUGGCGGAUGCCGACUUUGAACAUCUCAGGGAUGAUGACGAUGUAGCUGACACUCAAGCUCUGGGCCAAGCAAAUGAAGAACAAGCCAAGGCUCUUGAUCAGAACAAGGGUGUGGAGUCCGAAGCCCAGGCAGGCGAGAAUGAAGCCCUCCCUGAUGUGACGGACGAGAACCAGGAAACCCUCGACAAUCAACUCCAUGAUGAGAUGCAGAUCGACCGAGAGAUUGUUCCCACAGACGGUCAAUACGCCGGUGCGUUCAUCCCAGAUGGCCACGUCUCUCAAGACCGUGCAGAUGGUGUUUCUGGUGUACAAGAAAUGACCGAGGAACUGGACGAAGUCGACUCGCAACUCGCGGCCAUUCAUCUCUCCUCGACUCUUCCGCCAUUGACACCCGAGAGCGAAGCCCGCCGUCUCUGGUCGUAUUACGAAUCCGCAACAAAUGACCUCUCCCUGUCAUUGACCGAACAACUCCGCUUGAUCCUCGCUCCGACCAUGGCCACCAAACUCCGCGGUGAUUUCCGCACCGGCAAGCGUCUCAAUAUUAAGCGCAUCAUCCCGUACAUUGCCUCUCAGUACAAACGUGACAAGAUUUGGAUGCGUCGUUCGAUUCCCUCCAAACGCAACUACCAGAUCAUGCUAGCUGUCGACGACAGCAAGUCUAUGUUAGAGAGUGGGUCCGGGCAACUUGCCUUUGAAACACUGGCCCUGGUAGCCAAGAGUCUGAGCAUGCUAGAGGCCGGCGACCUGUGCGUGUUGGGCUUCGGCGAUGAAGACCAUGUUCGCGUUGCGCACGAGUUCGGCAAGCCGUUCUCCUCGGAUGCCGGGAUGCAGGUCUUCCAGCACUUCAGCUACCAGCAAACUGGCACGAACGUGCGCAAGCUGAUUGCCGACUCGAUCGCGCUCUUCCGCGAGGCACGUUGGAAGCGCUCCCCGGGCUCUGCUUCCGCUGAUCUGUGGCAGCUGGAGCUGAUCAUCUCCGAUGGCAUCUGCGAAGAUCACGAUACGAUCCGCCGCCUGGUGCGCCAGGCACUGGAAGAACGCAUCAUGAUUGUCUUUAUCAUCGUUGAUGCGGUUAAGGGCAGCUCCAUUCUGGAUCUGUCGCAGGCUAGCUUUGAGGCCGACCCGGACUCUGGCGGUGAAAUGAAGCUGCGUAUGAAGCGCUACCUUGAGAAAUUCCCGUUCCCUUACUAUCUUGUUGUUCGUGACGUGCGCGAACUUCCGGCUGUGCUGGCAACGGCAUUGAAGCAGUGGUUUGCCGAAGUGGUGGAUGUUUCUUCGUGA